AUGAUAAACGUGGGGCGAGUUACUCAAAAGACCUUGUUCCUUCUUAUCAUUGUUUUGUUCCUUGGCAUACUUCUUUUGUUGUUUGACGUGUCUGACUGGACAACAGAUGACUGGACAACAGAUGGACAUCCGACUUUGGAAGAAAGCAAGUCAAAAUGUCGAGGGGAAGGUCGUGCGGUGAUCUGCGAGUACACCAAUUUUUGUGUUGAUAGCAAACGUGGAGCAUACAUCGUAAAUCGAAAUGACAUAUCGAAGCCUGCAAACGUUAUGAAUGCAGAUGAAUCGGCAGAUGGCCUUUGGAAACCAGAAGUAAAAUCUAGCUAUCCAUGGAAAGUACAAUAUAUAAACGAAACACUAUUUGUAUACGGCCUGUAUUCACCCUUUCAUUUCUCGCACUGGAUGUUCAAUGGGUUGUUACCGUUAUACAGCGUAAUGCGAUCGUAUAAUGCCACACGAGACGCAUGGCUUUUGCGUGUUCACAUGGUCAAUCACCAGCGGCAUAGAACGUUCCCCGAAGAUAUCUCGUUUCUUACCGACGGAAAAGAUAUAGUGUUCAAUAGAGCUGAUAUAUUGACAGACAUGCAAGUUGUGCCUUCAACAACUUCUAUUUGCUUCGCCAAGGCUGUCGUUGGUGCUGGAAAUCGAUGCAGCUUAAACUAUUGUGAGAACAAUAUCCCAACAGAACAUUACCAACAAUUACGGAAGGAUAUUUUCUCUUAUUACAUCCACAAUGGUCAAUGGGAACGAUACAUACAACAGAAUCACAAAGAUGAACGUGAGCUUGCUUGUCUCGAUACCACGAAAAUAUAUACUCCCACCUUUAGCAACGAUACGACAGUCAUCAUUGCUAUACUGCAACGAUACCACAGUCGACACAUAUUGAAUGCUGACAAAUUGAUUGAUGCGUUAGUGAAGCAAAACUAUAUAGUCAAGUUUUUGAAUUUCGAUGUUGGGUGUUCUCUCCCGGCGACCGCAAAGCUUUUGGAAGACGUAGACAUUCUCAUCACGCCUCAUGGCAAUGGACUUGGGGAUGGCAUUUUUAUGGCCCCAAAAACAACAGUAAUAAGCAUCGACUCUCGGUUCUAUUCCGAACCAUGGUUUGCCCAUAUUCAUACAGCAGCCGGACGGCGAUUCUACAAUUUCCAGUGUGACUCGAGUGACUGUCAAGUAGCAGACUUUGAGACGGCUAAAAAUCAGUUACAAGUGGAUGGCGUCGAGAUGUCAUAUUACGAGUUGAUGGAAUAUCUUGGUCCAGAGUAUCCAUAUCGACUCAUCGACAAGUACUAUCUCGGGAAAGGCAAAUGGGGUUAUUCCGGAUACGCAAAGGAGGCAAUGAGACGUGUAGAUGUGGAAAAGCUGGUGAAAUUUGUGAAAGAAAUUGUUGACGAAUGGCCGAUGGUGCAGAAAAAGUCGUUUGUUGAACUCUGUGAGAUGGGCAAAUGCUGCGGACCAGACUGUGGUGUUGCUUUGAAGAGAAAUGUAUUCGGAAAAGGAAAUGCUUGGGGUGGAGUAGAACGCCCAAUAGACGCUGAAGCAGCUAAUUGGAAAGCUGGGUAA